AUGAAUACAAGUCUGGCAACCAAUGAAAAUUGCUAUCAACUUGAGGAAAAUUCGUGUCCAAGAGCAAUCCGGUCCCAUGGUCUCCGGGUCUCACUGUAUGCGUUUGGUGCAUUGGCAGUUCUGGUUACAAUGUUUGGCAACUUGUUAGUGAUCGUUUCAAUCUCCCACUUCAAGCAACUCCAUACGCCCACAAAUUAUCUGGUUCUUUCUUUGGCAAUAGCUGAUUUUCUGCUGGGAUGUAUGGUGAUGCCUUACAGCUUGAUCAGAUCAAUUGAAAACUGUUGGUAUUUAGGGGACUUGUUUUGCAAACUCCAAGCAAGCUUUGACUUCAUGCUGUGCGCUGCAUCAAUAUUCCACCUCUGCUUUAUUUCUGUUGACCGUUACUACGCGGUGUGUGACCCGCUAAAGUACAAGAUCAAAAUAAAUCUUCACAUCGUCCUCAUGAUGAUUCUCCUCAGUUGGAUUCUCUCCGCAUUUGUGGGUUUUGGCAUGAUAUGUUUAGAAUUAAACUUGAUAGAAAUUCGAGACUAUUAUUACAAUAAAAUAUACUGUUAUGGGGGUUGUACACUAGUGAUGGGGAAAAUAUGUACGGUGAUCUAUUCACUAGUUUCCUUUUUCUUCCCAGGAUUUAUUAUGCUUUGUAUUUAUAUGAAAAUAUAUUUUGUAGCCACAAAACAAGCCCGAGCCAUCAAUGACAUUACAAGACAGAUCCAGUCUGCCAACGAAAAUAAAAACGUAGCCUCCCAGACAAGUGAAAGGAAAGCUGCGAAAACGUUGGGGAUAGUGAUGGGGGUGUUCCUAAUGUGCUGGACUCCCUACUUCACCAGUAACUUCAUAGAUCCUUUCAUUGGUCAUAAGACACCCCCGCUUAUGUUUGACACCUUUUUUUGGUUAGGGUACUUAAAUUCUGCAUUCAAUCCCGUGAUCUAUGCAUUUUUUUAUUCUUGGUUCAGAAAAGCCCUGAAAAUUAUUCUAACUUUUAAAAUAUUCGCAACCGAUUCCUCCAGGAUAAAUCUCUUCUAAUUCACCUUUAUUGCAGAGGAAAUUGCAAUUAUGGAGCUAUAGAGAU